GAAUUUAAAUAUCUGGGAAGCUAUUUCGUCGAGGAUGGAGAAAUGGAUAGAGAGAUAGAGACAAGAGGGCAUAGUGCAAAAGCAGUCAGCUACCAAAUAGCCCCGCUACUAAGACACCCAAGAGUAAAGAUGAAGACCAAGCCAGGCUAUUUAACGGUGGUUUUAAUCGAACCGCUUCUUUCCCGUGUCGAACAUGGGCUAUGA